AUGUUAAGGGACACAUCUGUAAUAGGUAAAGAUGACAAAUCAUUAAAUCAAAAUAGUGAAAAUGGUACUUUGGAUAAAAAUAUGGGAAGUCAGACAAUAAACACAAUACCUGAGAAAAUUCCAUAUUUAGACAUGACAAUGGAUAUAAAUAGUAUAAAAAACUUGGGAGAGAAUACAAAAUAUUAUUUAGAAGUUUAUGGAUGUCAGAUGAAUGUUAAUGAUGCAGAAAUUUUGAUGUCAAUUAUGAAUAAUACUGGUUACCAAAAGACCGAAAAAUUGGAGGAAGCAAAAAUUAUUUUCUUGGUCACGUGUGCUAUAAGAGAUAGAGCAGAAAAUAAAAUAUGGCAAAGAUUAAAUGUAUUAAAGAGUAUAAAUUCUAAAUUGGGACAAGACAAAAGACCAUUAAUUGGAGUUUUAGGUUGUAUGGCUGAAAGAUUAAAAACAAAACUUUUAGAAACUGAUAAAAUGGUAGAUAUUGUAUGUGGACCAGAUGCAUAUCGCUCAAUACCACAUUUAAUUUCAUUAGCAAUUCAAACUUCACAAGGAGUUGCUAAUGUUAUGUUAUCAGCUGAUGAAACUUAUGCUGAUAUUAUGCCAGUUAGAUUACAUAAAGGAAUCAAUAGUGCUUCUUUGAUAACACUUCUUGGACAGAAUGUUAAUUCAUAUCGAGAUACAAAUGAAUAUGAAUUUUAUAAGCCACAAGGUAUCGGUGGAGGACUUAGUAAUGAAGGAUUUAAAACCAUUUAUAAACGAAAAGGUGGCGGAAUCAGAUUUACUGAGCUCUUGGAUCAUGUAUCUCAAAUGAGGAUAAGAUUUGUUUCGCCACAUCCAAAAGACUUUCCAAUUGAAUUAUUAAAGUUAAUAUCAGAACGACCAAAUAUAUGUAAUCAAGUUCAUUUACCGGCUCAAUCCGGGAAUACCAAAGUAUUGGAAAGAAUGAGGAGAGAAAUAAUACCUGAUGUUUCUUUAAGUACAGAUAUUAUUACAGGAUUUUGUGGAGAAACAGAAGAAGAACACCAAGAUACUUUGAAUGAACAAUGA